CAGAAACUGAUCUUGGCCGCCACAACUAUGAUUCAUUAAUUUAUGACUAUCGAUCAAGAGAUACCGACUGUGGAGUUGGAAGUGGAUAGGCUAUAACAAGACUCAUGGAACGAGAAAUCAGCAUCUUCAAGUCGCGUCGGAGCUCUGUCGCUACGUCGUCGAGCUCGAAGCCGUCUCUAGUCGGCCAGUCAGAAGAGGGUACAAAUAUUCCAAAUGGACGCUCCAUCACCGACGUGCUUAUUGUGGACGUACUGGAGCUCAUCCUCGCCAUGAUCGACGAGAUGUACUAUGACGGCUUGAUUUCCCGACUAGACAUACUGUCCCUCGCCAAGUCAUGCAAGUACUUUCAUGCUUCGGCGAACCCGUUGAUAUAUCGGACAAUCACUUUUGAUUGCCAUAUGAACAAGGCCAUAUACGAGAAAUCCUGGUCCUGUUGCAACAGCUUGGCGAAGCGUCCGCACCUGGCCCAGCUCGUUCGAAUUUGCAUUAUCAAGGACAGCUACGACUUCUGGGAUGGACUUGAUCAUUUUCCGAAACAGUGGAAGUCUGUGAUUAUACCCGCACUCACGAAUAUGGUCAAUCUACGAGAGCUGCGUUGGCAGAGGACGUCUUUUUCGCCUGCGCUAUGGAAACUGGUCGGUUCGAUGGAACAUCUCGAGUCCUUGCACCUUCAACAAUGCAGCGUUCGCACCCCACCCUCUCGGAAGUCAAAGAAGAAUAACGAAGGGCCGGAGAUACCAUGUUUCCCGAGUUUGCGCAAUCUCACUCUGACGGACCUCAAUAUGCGACAUGGGGAUGAUGAAGUAGUACUCGGGUUGAUUGACGAUAUCCUGGGGUCAAACCGGUCGCUCUCAAUUGGAGCGAACAAGCCAAUAUUUUGGAGACACAUACAGGACCAUAUGCCUGAUCCGAUACGCCUCAAACGGCUUUAUAUGCUGGAUGUUGGCUCGGAGAUGACGUUAUCUCCCGAGCUCGUUUCAAGCAUACUGCAGCAGACGACAGAGCUCACGGAGCUCAUGGUCUAUAUCCACAGCGAGACGCUCGACACUGUUAUGCAACUUUUACCCAAAGACGCUCUGCCUGAGCUCAGUGUCUUCUCCGGCAAUCCUGCUGUGGCGAAAGCACUUGUCCCAGGCCGUGCUGUGCAUACGGUUUGCUUGAACGCCGCUGCGCCAUCCGUGCCGAUCGGACCGCUUGCAUUCUUGCCUGACCCCGGCUUGAAUCUCGUCGGGUAUCUCGCGUCGCUGGAGAGUCUACAAUUGUCCACCGUGCAGAUCGUGCACUUCGACUUGUUGCUUCCCGACUUCGAGACGGCGUACGAGAUGCCGAUCAUGCAACAGCUGCCCGAUUUCCUCCCUCAUUUGCGGAUCCUCGCUGUGCAUGGCCCGUAUAAUGGUGCUGUUAACAAUAAUAGACUGACGGAAGCCGUCGGCUUGUUUGUCAUGGGUCGACUGCCCUAUCUAGAAGACUUUUCCUUCCACGUGAACUACCUUCGAUAUCGGUCAUCGCCCGGUUUCAAUCUCCGAUGGCAGCACGACCUGAUCAUGGAAUGGUCCAAACUUUGCCCGACACUCUCCGUCGUUCAGAUUUCAUCGGUUAUACACUGGCUACGCUCGGUUGGCCAAUGGCAGCCCGCACUGAAAGGUCGAGACGCCUGGACACGUCUAACAGAAGGGAUCCAAUGGCUCACGAGUAGUAAUAAGGAUCUGAUGGAGUAUGACUGGAACGGUACAUUGGCAGGAUGGCUUGGGGAUCGGAGGUGGAGAGUGAGAGAUACAGGAAAGGAGCCUGCGGUACUGAGGACCCUCCAGGCUGCGGUCCAGAGGGUGUCUCUCCGGAACCGGGUGAACAAUCAACGGUCUGUUGUCGCCGAUGCACUUGCCGAAGGGUCCAGGAUGAAGGACAGCGGAGCGGAGUCGGCGGAUCGUGCCCGUUUUCGAUGAUAGCAACCAGCAUGGGGCGCGACGAACGUGCAGUCACAGUGAUCGAUACCCACAACCAUACCUUAUGACUGUGGGCGUCAAGACCUGGGUUAGG